CGCACUGUUCAUGUCACCCUCUCUUUACUCGCCCUCGCCAUUUACUGGCCUCACUCGCUCUCACAUGGCGCCCCAUUAAUAUAUAGCGCCACCACCCCCCGCUCCAAGCUCCAAGAACUCCACCCACACUCCCAGCUCACUCACAGACGCACUACACGGUGCACCUUCCUCGCUCUAGCCAGCCAAGCGAGCUAGUAGCCCGGUAGGCCGUGCGGUGCACACUGCCACGCCAUGUCGAGCAAGCCGUCGUCCAGGAGGAGCAGCUUCACGCUGCGGCAGCCGCCGGUGGUGGACGUCGGCUGCAACUGCCGCCGCCCGAAGCUCUUCUCCAGCCUCUUCUCCUCGUCCUCCCUGCCGUUCCGCGGCAGGGGCGGCAAGCCCAAGUCGCCCAACGCCUCCUCCACGUCCACCACCACGGCGUUCACGGCCACCACGCUCGGCGGCCGCAGCGGCACCACGGCCACCUCCGCCGACUCCGCCUCCUGGGGCCCCGCGUCCUUCACCAACAACUCGCUGUACGAGGACCCCGCCGCCGCUGCGCGCCACCGUGGCCAGGAGCCGGAGCAGGACACGAGGCGCCGGCGGAGGCAGCGGCGGCGUCGCAGGCGCGCCGCUUGGGACGGAGGCGUCGGCGGCGGGCACGGGGAGCAGGAUGCGGAGGCGUACGGGCGCGUGGCGCGGGAGAGCGUGCCGGUGGCGGUGGAGUCGGCGGAGCCGUACGAGGACUUCCGGGAGUCGAUGGUGCAGAUGGUGGUGGAGAAGGAGAUCUACGCGUGGGACGACCUCAACGACCUGCUCACCCAGUUCCUCACCCUCAACUCGCCGCGCCACCACCCGCUCAUCCUCCACGCCUUCGCCGACCUCUGGACCCGCAACGGCCUCUUCUCCCCUCCAUCGCCAUGCCAGUUCUAGCCAGCUACACUCCUACCGCUAGCUAAAAGCUAGCCGCCGCCGGUCAGCAUUACACCGCCACGGCGCCAUGCACGCACGCAUCCACGUCAUACUCUUACCACCAGUACUACUCCUGUUUAUUGCUUACUGUAACCAUUAGUGUUGUAAUUCCUAGUAGUAGCACCUGAUCCAUCGUCAGUUCGUUAACUAGCUACCCGUAGUACUCCUCCAUGUCCAUCACUCCGUGGCCGGCCGGGGGAGGUUAUUAAUGGAGAUCCCGGCCGCGGCCGGCGAGAUGCGCCUAGUCUUCAGCUCAAGCUAAGCUGAAAAGCUAGCUAAGCAUGAUGGUGUAAUCCAAAUCAAUGUAACCGUUAUUCAUGUAAUGUAAUGAUGCGUGCGCGUGGCGCCAUGGCGUUGUAAUGAUAUAAGUAACUGUUUGUGUUUGUGCAUCAA